GCAGAGGAGACCCGCGCGGCUUGCAGAGGCCGAAAGACGGAGGCAUGAGCCCUGUGCGGCAGAGCUGACGCCGCGCCCCCUCCCCGGCCCAUGUCCUUCGCCAUGCUUCGCUCGGCGCCGCCGGGCCGCUACCUGUACCCUGAGGUGAGCCCGCUGUCCGAGGACGAGGACCAUGGCAGCGAGAGCUCGGGCUCCGACGAGAAACCCUGCCGGGUGCACGCGACGCGCUGUGGCCUUCAGGGCGCCCGGCGGCGGGCCGGAGGCCGGCGAGCCGCGGGGAGCGGGCCGGGACCCGGGGGACGCCCAGGCCGUGAGCCCCGGCAGCGGCACACGGCGAACGCGCGCGAACGGGACCGCACCAACAGCGUGAAUACGGCCUUUACGGCGCUGCGCACGCUCAUCCCCACCGAGCCAGCCGAUCGCAAGCUCUCCAAGAUCGAGACGCUGCGUCUGGCCUCCAGCUACAUCUCUCACCUGGGCAACGUGCUGCUGGUUGGGGAGGCCUGUGGCGACGGGCAACCUUGCCACUCUGGGCCCGCCUUCUUCCACGCCGGUCGUGCGGGCAGCCCCCCACCGCCGCCCCCGCCCCUGACCCGCGACGGCGAGAACACCCAACCCAAACAGAUCUGCACCUUCUGCCUCAGCAACCAAAGAAAGUUGAGCAAAGACCGUGACAGAAAGACGGCGAUUCGAAGUUAGGAGGAGGAGGGCCCACAGCAGCAGAGGUGAUGCCGCUGGGGAAGGUGGAUGACACCGGAGAUCCAUGAAGAGCCCCACUUUGGACCUGACCCAGGCACAGGUUCCCCCAAGAGCACACCCACCAGGCCAAACAGCCCCAGCUGUAAGCAGGGCCUACAGGCGGACAGACGGGUGGUGGCUUGACUCUGAGUAACCCAGCACUUAUCCAGGCCCAGUGGAACUUUCCAUGCUGGCUCCCUACCUGGGCCAAGUGUUGGCAUCUUGCGUCUUUGAUAUGAUAAUAUAAAGUCUGGAAAUUUUGUAUAAUUAAAAAUGAAACAAUCUCUUCCAAAUACAGAGGCAGACUGUCCUCCUGAAAGGACCUGAACUCACCAUGACCCCAGCUGAGCCUGCUCUCCUACCCUGGAGCCCCAUCUUCCCUGAGUGAGGCAGGAGGAGGAGGCAGGCUUAGAUCACCCAACAAGUGUCUCCUGCCAGGAACCCACAGUGUGGUGGCUGAAAGGACAGGCCAGGGGAGGGGAGGGAGGACAGAGGUGCUAUGUGGUAGGAGAGAGGGAAGGCAGAGAAGGGCAAGUCCACUGCACCAUGGUAGGGGGCAGCACAGCAGUCCUGCCCUCCCCCUAAAUGGUAAGGGGAUCCCAGCUAAGGCCUCCAGCAUGUGGACUCCAUUAAGCAGAUACAAGGACCAAGUAGAUGGUGCUCCCCUGUCAAAACAGCUCCCAGGUCUAGAUGGGCCUGAGGACAACUCCCAGGUGGAGCCACUCAAGUGUCCCCACUGGUGCCCACCUUGGCCCCAGAGAACUGUGGAUUCUGCUGUCUGCCAGGAUUCCUGCUCCCUUGCCUCCACCAGAUGUAAUCAAGAGAGGUCACAGCUUACUCUACCCCUACCUGCAAACUGGAAAAACUGGCCUUCCACCACUCUGUCCUGCCCCACUCCCCCAAAUGCACCACUGGCCUGUUAAGAGGUUGAUUUAGGACCUCAUCAGGCACUGUGCACAGC